UGUUUCCCUUUUCCAGACCCCACCCGGGCCCCGUUCCUAACCCGAGUCUCCCCGGCCGGGUGGGAGAAGCCAGCGAGCCCAGGGCGCGUUUGAAAGGAAGGGAGGGGGCGAGGGAGAGAAACCCACAACAACUAGUCAUCGGCGAGUGAUGGGUGUGGAGAAAGAUCCAGAGAGAAGGGGUGCCGGGAGGCGGGCGGCCCGGGCUCCCAACCGGGCCAGACAAAAGCUGCGCGAGCGGCGCGGAGCAGAGCGGCCGGCUUGAUGGGAUGCACAAGGUCCCCUUGGUCCCCGGGGCCUUCGAAGAGCUUCUUUCUGAAGCUGGGAAAGCGAACAAGUGCUCAAAUGGACUGCUGAAUUAUGAAGUAUUUCAGACCCAAUAGUAGAACAUCACUCUGCCACUCACUCCUUUAUCUCCUACUGGUUAUUUAAAUUGGACUUUUAAUAUCCUACCAGCUGCUCUUCAGACACACAUGGUGCAUUGUUGCCAUUCCCCAGAUUGCAUCUUUGAAACACAGGCUCUUAGUAACCUUCAGCGAACAAAGAGGCAACCUCCCAGAUACGUCUGCUGGGAGGGAGUCAUCCUGACUGCCCUCUAGCUUUUGCUGGAUCUGGAUUUGAAUUCCACUAUGGAGCCUCGCAUGGAGUCCUGCCUGGCGCAGGUGUUGCAGAAGGAUGUGGGGAAACGAUUGCAGGUUGGCCAAGAACUGAUAGACUAUUUCUCAGACAAACAGAAGUCUGCUGACCUUGAGCAUGACCAGACCAUGUUAGAUAAACUUGUGGAUGGACUUGCUACCUCUUGGGUGAACUCUAGCAAUUACAAGGUGGUUCUGCUGGGCAUGGACAUCCUGUCCGCCCUGGUGACCCGGCUGCAGGAUCGGUUCAAGGCGCAGAUCGGCACAGUGCUGCCAAGUCUAAUAGACAGACUAGGAGAUGCUAAAGACUCUGUGAGGGAGCAGGACCAAACUCUGCUGCUAAAGAUCAUGGAUCAAGCUGCUAAUCCCCAGUACGUAUGGGACAGAAUGCUCGGAGGCUUCAAACACAAGAAUUUCCGUACCCGAGAAGGCAUCUGUCUCUGCCUUAUCGCAACACUCAAUGCCUCUGGAGCGCAGACUUUAACACUAAGCAAGAUUGUGCCACAUAUAUGCAACUUACUUGGAGAUCCAAACAGCCAGGUUCGAGAUGCAGCAAUAAACAGCUUAGUGGAAAUUUACAGACAUGUAGGAGAACGUGUGAGGGCAGAUCUCAGUAAAAAAGGAUUGCCACAGUCCCGAUUGAAUGUAAUUUUUACAAAAUUUGAUGAAGUCCAGAAAUCUGGAAACAUGAUACAAUCUGCAAAUGAUAAAAAUUUUGAUGAUGAAGAUUCUGUGGAUGGUAACAGACCUUCCUCUGCUAGUUCUACAUCAUCCAAGGCUCCACCAAGUUCUCGGAGAAACGUUGGAAUGGGAACCACCCGCCGGCUUGGUUCAUCCUCCCUGGGAUCCAAGUCUUCAGCUGCAAAAGAAGGAGCUGGUGCUGUGGAUGAAGAGGAUUUUAUUAAAGCAUUUGAUGAUGUACCUGUAGUACAGAUUUAUUCCAGCCGAGACCUUGAGGAAUCCAUAAACAAAAUUAGGGAAAUACUAUCUGAUGACAAGCAUGAUUGGGAGCAGAGAGUAAAUGCUCUAAAAAAGAUUAGAUCUUUACUUUUGGCUGGUGCCGCUGAGUAUGAUAACUUCUUUCAACAUUUGCGUCUUUUGGAUGGAGCCUUUAAACUCUCUGCUAAGGAUCUGCGGUCUCAGGUAGUGCGGGAGGCUUGUAUCACGUUGGGGCAUCUGUCAUCAGUUCUGGGGAAUAAGUUUGACCAUGGAGCCGAAGCCAUUAUGCCAACUAUCUUUAAUUUAAUUCCAAACAGUGCCAAAAUUAUGGCCACGUCUGGUGUUGUAGCUGUUAGGUUAAUUAUUCGGCACACACACAUCCCUAGGUUAAUACCUGUCAUAACAAGCAACUGUACCUCUAAGUCUGUCGCUGUUAGAAGGCGCUGUUUUGAAUUUUUAGAUUUGCUUUUACAAGAAUGGCAGACACAUUCACUAGAACGACACAUAUCAGUAUUAGCUGAAACAAUAAAGAAGGGAAUACAUGAUGCUGAUUCCGAAGCAAGAAUAGAAGCCAGAAAAUGUUACUGGGGUUUCCACAGUCACUUCAGCAGAGAAGCAGAGCACUUGUACCACACCUUGGAGUCCUCCUACCAGAAAGCCCUGCAGUCCCACCUGAAGAACUCAGACAGCAUAGUGUCUCUGCCUCAGUCAGACCGCUCGUCUUCCAGCUCUCAAGAGAGUCUAAAUCGUCCGCUGUCUGCCAAAAGAAGUCCUACUGGAAGUACCACAUCUAGAGCUUCUACAGUUAGUACCAAAUCUGUGUCAACGACUGGGUCCCUCCAGCGAUCUCGAAGUGAUAUUGAUGUGAAUGCAGCAGCCAGUGCCAAAUCCAAAGUCUCCUCAUCUGCGGGCACGACGCCUUUCAGCUCUGCAGCGGCUUUGCCUCCAGGGUCAUACGCAUCCUUAGAGUCCAGACACAUGAGGGAAGACAUGGAGUACAUAGGCCUGGACUCAGAUGGUACUACCACUAAAGCGGAGGGUCGGAUCCGCACAAGACGGCAAAGCUCUGGGAGUGCCACCAAUGUCGCCUCUACACCUGAUAACCGGGGCCGCAGUCGCGCUAAAGUGGUUUCACAGUCCCAGCGAUCCAGAUCUGCUAAUCCUGCUGGUGCUGGCAGCCGGUCAAGUUCCCCAGGAAAAUUGUUGGGAAGUGGUUAUGGUGGACUUGCUGGGGGCUCCUCACGAGGCCCACCUGUGACACCAUCCUCAGAAAAGCGAAGCAAGAUUCCCAGGAGCCAGGGAUGUAGCCGGGAAACAAGUCCAAACCGAAUAGGAUUAGCACGGAGCAGCCGUAUCCCUCGACCCAGCAUGAGUCAGGGGUGCAGCCGCGAUACCAGCCGUGAGAGCAGCCGAGAUACAAGCCCUGCUCGGGGCUUUCCUCCACUUGAUCGAUUUGGGCUUGGCCAGCCAGGAAGAAUACCUGGUUCUGUGAAUGCCAUGAGAGUUCUGAGCACAAGUACAGAUCUUGAAGCUGCUGUUGCCGAUGCUUUGCUGUUAGGAGACUCCAGGAGCAAGAAGAAGCCUGUGAGGAGGAGAUAUGAGCCGUAUGGGAUGUAUUCUGACGAUGAUGCCAACAGUGAUGCCUCAAGUGUUUGCUCUGAGCGCUCAUACGGCUCCAGGAAUGGUGGCAUUCCCCAUUAUCUGCGGCAGACUGAAGAUGUAGCAGAAGUUCUCAACCACUGUGCUAGUUCAAACUGGUCAGAAAGGAAAGAAGGGCUUCUGGGCCUGCAGAACUUACUGAAGAGCCAAAGAACACUGAGUCGAGUUGAAUUGAAAAGGUUGUGUGAGAUCUUCACCCGGAUGUUUGCUGACCCUCAUAGCAAGAUUGCUGAUUCAGAAGCAGAAUGUGAGGAUAAAGAAGGAAAUUUGUUUCCAUCAGAAGUCUCUUGUACAAGAGUUUUCAGUAUGUUUUUGGAGACUCUUGUGGAUUUUAUAAUAAUUCAUAAGGAUGAUUUACAAGACUGGCUUUUUGUUCUUCUCACACAAUUACUUAAGAAAAUGGGAGCAGAUUUACUUGGAUCUGUGCAAGCAAAAGUUCAAAAGGCUCUAGAUGUCACAAGGGACUCCUUUCCAUUUGAUCAACAAUUUAACAUUUUGAUGAGAUUUAUUGUGGAUCAAACUCAAACUCCAAACCUCAAGGUCAAAGUUGCAAUCCUGAAAUACAUUGAGUCUCUGGCCAGACAGAUGGAUCCAACAGAUUUUGUAAACUCUAGUGAGACAAGGCUUGCUGUUUCUAGAAUCAUAACCUGGACAACAGAACCAAAGAGUUCAGACGUGAGAAAGGCAGCACAAAUUGUGCUAAUCUCUCUGUUUGAAUUGAAUACUCCUGAAUUUACCAUGUUACUUGGUGCCUUGCCAAAAACAUUCCAGGAUGGUGCCACCAAACUCCUGCACAACCACCUCAAGAAUUCCAGUAACACCAGUGUGGGCUCUCCAAGCAAUACGAUUGGCCGAACGCCCUCCCGACACACCAGCAGCAGGACCAGCCCCCUAACCUCACCCACCAACUGUUCCCAUGGGGGUCUGUCUCCAAGUCGGUUAUGGGGUUGGAGUGCCGACGGGUUAGCGAAGCACCCACCUCCCUUUUCUCAGCCUAACUCCAUCCCCACCGCUCCCUCCCACAAGGCUCUCAGGCGCUCUUACUCUCCCAGCAUGCUGGACUAUGAUACAGAGAACCUGAACUCUGAAGAAAUCUAUAGUUCUCUACGUGGAGUUACAGAAGCCAUUGAAAAGUUUAGUUUUCGAAGCCAAGAAGAUCUGAAUGAGCCCAUUAAACGAGAUGGCAAAAAGGAAUGUGAUAUUGUGUCCCGCGAUGGGGGUGCUGCCUCCCCUGCCACCAGCGAGGUAGAAGGAGGCCGGACAGCUCUGGAUAACAAGACCUCGCUACUCAACACCCAGCCUCCGCGCGCCUUCCCAGGACCACGGGCACGAGACUACAACCCGUACCCCUACUCAGAUGCCAUCAACACCUAUGACAAGACUGCCCUGAAAGAGGCUGUGUUCGAUGACGACAUGGAGCAGCUUCGAGAUGUGCCCAUCGACCAUUCUGACCUGGUGGCUGACCUUCUGAAAGAGCUGUCCAACCACAACGAGCGAGUGGAGGAACGGAAGGGAGCCCUGCUGGAGCUGCUCAAGAUCACGCGGGAGGACAGCCUUGGUGUCUGGGAGGAGCACUUCAAGACCAUUCUGCUCCUGCUGCUGGAGACCCUCGGAGACAAAGAUCAUUCAAUUCGAGCACUGGCGUUGAGAGUUUUGAGGGAAAUUCUGAGAAAUCAACCAGCAAGAUUUAAAAACUACGCCGAGCUGACAAUUAUGAAGACUCUGGAAGCCCACAAAGACUCCCAUAAGGAGGUGGUGAGAGCGGCUGAGGAGGCUGCGUCCACACUGGCCAGUUCCAUCCACCCGGAGCAGUGCAUCAAGGUGCUCUGCCCCAUCAUCCAGACAGCCGACUACCCCAUCAACCUUGCUGCCAUCAAGAUGCAGACCAAAGUCGUCGAGAGGAUCGCCAAGGAGUCGCUGCUGCAGCUCCUCGCCGACAUCAUCCCAGGCUUGCUGCAGGGUUACGACAACACCGAAAGUAGUGUGCGCAAGGCCAGCGUGUUUUGCUUGGUGGCAAUUUAUUCCGUAAUCGGAGAAGACCUGAAACCUCACCUUGCACAGCUCACAGGGAGCAAGAUGAAGCUACUAAACUUAUAUAUCAAGAGGGCCCAGACCACCAACAGCAACAGCAGCUCCUCCUCUGAUGUCUCCACGCACAGCUAAUGGCAGCACCUGUCUCUUGUGUAGACCUAGAAGCAAUCGGUGGUGCCUCUCAGAGACCUCCCCCCACCCCCUUCAUCGGCUGCCCAGUCAGUACAAGGAGGCCCACAAAUAUUUAUUACAAUCAGUAUUUUGGUCCCUUCCAGCUUUUCUGUAGAAUCUUACUGGUAUUGAAUGUAAAGGAAGCAAGGCCUGUAUUGCAGUCUUCACACAAAAUGAAAGGAGUAAGAACAGAAAAGAGCCAUGCUGAAACAUGUCCUGUACAGCCUGCUGCGAUGGCAAGACCAUGUGUGUGGGGUGCAGUUUUUAAAAAUCAGAGCGCUGUAGCCACUACUUGGUAGAAAGUAGCAUUUUGUUUUUUUCCAGUUAAUAACAGAUUUGGGGGUGGGGUGGGGUGUUACUUUGUGUUCCUCCUCCGUAGCCUAUUUUCUUGUGAGUAUGGUCUGUGUGGGGCCCCUUUCACAGCUGACACCAUGAGAGGUGACACAUCUUUAAGUUGUGUUCUGAGACCUACUAAAAAUGGGAAUCAAGUCUUGGCAAGAACGGUCUGAAGAUGGCCUUUUAACAAAUGCUGGGAAUUUUUCUUGUCAUAUCCGAACUGAAGGCCGACUGCCCUGGCUUUCAGCAUAGAAUUGGGAGUGUACCCCAGCAGUCUCCUUCCAGCCCUCCCUAAUCAACUCCACAGACAAGGUCCUCACCCCAGAGCUUCCAUGCAAAGGAAUUCUUCAAAUUUAAAUCUGGACACAAAAAUAAGAUAAAUGUAUGGCAUCAUGUAGGGAUGCCUGAGAUGGCAGUUCAUGAAGCACAGAAGAUAAAAGAGAAGUCUUUCAUCUUUGCUGCUGAGGUCCUUGGGAACACUGUUGUCAUGGGGGUUCUGCCAAGACCUUCAUCCCUGGGCUACUGGUGAUUCAGAUUUAGCAGCAACCUCUUUCCUCUCCCCGAAGUUCUGCUGAAGCUGUUCAGUUCUAACAUGGUCUCAGUUAAUCUGGUGAAUGCCAUCUUUACCAUCUUAGUUCUGACUUCUGCAUUUAAUGUGGGAUUAAGAGCAAAGAAAAGCCUAGAGAGACUGGAUAUCACAAUUUUCUUAAUGUUAUAAACUGAAGUCGUUCCUUGAAUGUCUGUUGAUGAAAUAGUCACUGUUUAAGGAAAAAGUAAGUAUGAGGUAUAGCAGAUUGCAGAAAAACAGGAAUAGAAACACACUUAAAAAGAACACACGUUUAGAGUCUGUCUUCCUCCUCAAGGAACCACUAGACCCCCUUUUUAAACACACCUUUAGAGCCUAAUUACUCCAAUGAAAGCAACUAGAGGUUUGCAGUCUGUUUAAAUAAAUUUUGACUGAAAUUCUUAAGCCAAAUGGAAAUUCUUAAUGCAGUCAUGAGGACUUCUACUGUCUCUUCCUGUUGUAUUAGAUCCUGUAAAUUGAACUGAUUUUUCCAUAAGGAAAACGCUUCUUUUGAGAUUAAUUCUAAUAAUGUAUUUGCUAUUCCAGUGCAGAGCCCACUGCAACUGCUAGGACUGAAAGCAGACGCUGGGUGCCAGAGCACGUGGUUGUCACCCUCAUUUCCACAGACCCCUCUGCCCUGACCCUCCAGAUUGGAUGUAGGAAGCUGGGAAAGACUGAUGUUGUAUUUGGAAACAUGCGCUGAAAAUGAAGGCCUCAUACUGUGUAGGAACAGUGAAGCCAGGGUGCUGACCGUGUGUGUGUGUGUGUGUGUGUGUGUGGCGUGUGGUGUGUGUGUGUAGCAUGUGGUGUGUGUGUGUGGUGUGUGUGUGUGUGUGCAUGCACCCUACACGUGUGGUACCUCACUGCUGCUGUUUAGGGAACUUGAGGAAUGCAUUUCAAGGGGUUGGGUAUUCCUGACUAGCUUUGGCUUAAAAUAUAGCAGGACCAGGUCUUUUGUUGAUAAAUACUGUUAGUUUAUUAAAAUGUCAUGAAUGGUAUUUCUUUUUUACACUCUACAAGUGAAUGAGGGAGUCUUUUGUUGACGCGUCUGUUGUAGGAAUGUGCGUUGGGCUAGGUUAUCCGUGAGUGUCUUUAUGCCUCAUGCAGUUAGAAAGACCUUUCUCCUUGAGCUCUUUGACUCCAGAAGGCCCUGCCGUCCCCAGUGUACUGAGAAAGGAUGUUGAACAUCGCUGGACGUCCUCAUAGUACUCACAAAGGGCUAGCCUUGAAUGUCACUUGCCCAGUCUUCAGUCUCCUGACAAAGAGAGAUACAAUCACGUCACAGGUCUCUUGGCCUCAAUCUGAAAACUGCUGCCGCCGCGCUGAGGAGACUCGCAUGCCGCCACCACCUCACUGGGAGGGCGCCGAGCCCACCGUCGCCCCCUAGACCCUGACAGCUGCAGCUGCCUUGCCUUGCCGCCGCCUCCCUGCAGGGCACCUGUUCCAAUGAAAAACAGAACACACAAGAGCAGAGCACCUAGGCCUGCCUCUGCCUCCCCGUCUACCUGACUGGCCAGGGUCCGAGAGCCCUGCUGCUCCACUGCGGGCCGGGAGGGCUGACUCCCUGCUUCCUCCAAGCUGCUGCCUCCCCUGCAGCCAGGGUCUGGGCAGGGUGCGGCCAGUCCUUGGGGCACGCAGCUUCCUUCAAGUGCACUGUGUGCUUCCCGGACCUGCGGCGAUGCCACGGGCCUGCCUUUUCUACGCGCCUCACUAGCUUAUCACCCUGUGCAGGUAAUGCAACUGACUUUGUCUCAUCAGCCUUUUUCUUUCCCUGCCACCCUUUAUUUAUCAAGCAUAAUGUUACACUUUCAAGGACAGCAAGUAAGAACUUUGUAGAAUCCCACCAGGACUUUGCUAACAAUCAUGUUUGGAAAUAAAUAAAUGCUCUGAAAAAUAUCAGCCACCAAAAUAGUUUUGUUGGCGCUGUGUUCACACGCAUGGUCCCCACACCCCCAGGUUGGGUGGGUUUUUUGGGGGUUUUUUUUGGUUUUGUUUUUGUUUUUGGGCUUUUUCAUGUUACAUCCAUAUCUGUAUUUAUAUCUUAUUUGUUUCACUUUCAAGUGUAUCAUGGCAAAUGUACAGAUUUUUUUUUUGUUAAUAAUGUGCUAGGAUUUGCUAAAAAAGAAAACAAACAAACAAAAAAAACCCUUUUGAGUUUGCCCUAGAAUAAAUGAGACUUAAUUCAA